AUGGACCAAGAUGAGCUUAUCUUUGGACAUCAUGAGCAGUUUGCAGAGCUUGGAAACAAUCAACGGCUCCUUCUCGGCGUAAAUCCUCUCUUCUUCGUCGAGGAAAGCCCUGAGGCGGGGCGUGGGGCGGACGAACUGAACGAGCUCCGACUUGGGUUUGAUCCGAUCGUAGUAAAUCUCCAACAGAGAAGGGUUCAUCUCAACGAAGCUCUUUGCUUUGAAAUUGAGGCUUUCGGAACACCAUUUUCGAUUUCUGCACCACAAAUUUUAGGGCUUUUUCGAAUUCGUUCGUCGGCUUUGGUUUUGCCGAGCGUCAGUCGGAGGAAACAAAUGCGAAUGCCUGUAAACCCUGGGAGAGAGGAACGCCACGCGCGAUUAGAGCGAGUUCUAACCACGCGUCCCCAUUUAUGUGCGCAAGAAAAUGAAGCAUGUCAUGAAACGAAGAAGAAUUGUGGAAGGAACGAUCGAUUAGUCAUGGGAGGAGAGAAGAAAGACAGCACAUUUCCAGAUGAUGUAAAGACGAGCCCUUUGCUCCUUUAUCUGCUUCGAACAUCUUUCCCAUGUCCUAACCUUGGUACUACUACUGCAUCUCAACAUAACUCUCGCUCCCAUUGA